AUGUCGUCUCCAGUAUACUGCAUAUUGUCUGGCGGGGCCGUGCAUUGUAUUCCCGUGACAGUCUUCACGCCGUCUUCAUCGGUUCCACCGCCAGAAAAAUUGGCCAGAAAGCCAGAGAUAUCGACACACCAGGACACCUUGGCUGUGCCAAAGGCCCUGUGCCCCACUGCGGGGAGUUUUAAAAACAAAAGUUUGUUGUACACGCUCAACAACCCGUCCUUGUCAGACCUCGAGUCGGACACUACACAACUUGCCAACACAGCGGAGGAAGAUAACGAGGAGGCUGCAAAAAACGAGGAGGCGUUGCCGCCAGCUGCAUCCAACGGCAGCGUGCUGCCGAAAACGCCCAGCCGUUUGGCCGUGCUCCGAAGCUCGCAGGACGAUUCGGACAAUGAGGCGGAAAUCGUGUCCCGUAUGAACAUCGACUUGGCGUCCGAAGUCAGCAUUGAGUCUGUGUUGAAUGAGUACUCGACUCAUGCCGUGUACAUGCCCGAGUACUUUGUGGACCUCGAAACGAACUUGACCAGCGACUAUACCCAGAUCAAACAGCUUUUGACCAAGAUUUUCCCCGAUUGGAAAGCCGACGUUGCAAUCAAGCAGCUCACAGGCGGAAUCACAAACAUGCUCUUGUCGUGUACGCAUGGCCAAGAAACGCUUUUGAUGCGUGUGUACGGAAAAGGAACCAAUCUCAUUAUAGAUCGUCACCGCGAGUUUGUGUCUCAUUUGGUGCUUAAUUCAUUGAAGUUGGCGCCGCCAAUCCAUGCUCGUUUUAGCAACGGGCUCAUUUAUGGGUUUUUCCCAGGCCGUUCCUUGGACCCAAAGGAAUUGAGCCACCCCGGAUUAUUCCCGUUGAUUGCACAACAGCUUGGGAACGUGCACAACAGCGUGAACUGCGAGUACAUUGAGGACGGAGUGGAGAAGCUCCGAAAGUAUACAGCCAACUUGAAGAAACAAAGCCAGCCGAAACCUUCGCAAAAAUCGUCGAAGCGUGACAAGAAAGUCAAAAGAACCAUUAAUAGCGUGUGGGAUCUUUUGGAAGACUGGAUUCAGAUCGUGCCUGAAAAUGAGGCUCUUGUGAAUGUCUUCAAGGCGAACUUGCCUCUGGAGGAUGUGUCGCUCGAGAAUAUUCGGCAUGUAAUUCUUGAAGAGCUCAAGUGGCUAAAAUCAACGCUUUUACGUGCCUCCAAGUCUCCCGUGGUGGUGUCACACUGCGAUUUGCUUUCGGGAAACAUCAUUAUUCCGGAGACGUCAGAAUUCCAGGAGUACUUGGCGAAAGACCACAACACUUUGCAUCUUCCGUCAUUGGAAGACAAUCCUCUCAAGUUCAUUGACUACGAGUACAUGCUUCCUGCUCCUCGAGCAUUCGAUAUUGCCAAUCAUUUUGCGGAGUGGCAAGGUUUUGACUGCGACCGGUCUGCCAUUCCAGAACCGUCUGCUUCGAAUCCUGUCAUGAUUGAUUGGUGCAAGAGUUAUUUGAACAACAUCGACGCCAGCAGUGAAGAGAUAGGCGCCCUUAUAGACGAAAUUGCUUGUUACUACGGUAUGCCCGGCUUUUAUUGGGGAAUCUGGGCUAUGAUUCAGAGCGAGCUUUCCACGAUUGAUUUCAAUUAUGCGGAAUAUAGUGAACUUCGACUCGAGGAAUACUGGCAGUGGAAGAGAAACUUCACGAGGGCCAAGUAA